CCCAAUAUUCUGCCCGCACCCCUAAGGAAGGUCUCGUGGUAAGAAUGCAAAAGCAUUCAAAAACUGGAGAAAGAAAAGGCUGGUUUACUUCCUUAAUUAAUUAGAGCUAUGGACCAAUCUUAAACUUUUUCCAGACAAUUGGGAUUCAGUUUCUUGAAAGGCCAAAGUUCAUCCAUAGGCAGAGCAACUUGAGCUCAUGUAUAGAGUAGAGGGCCCCCACCCCAUUCCUCGUGACAAGACCCCCAAGAAAGCUUUUGCAUUAGAGACAGAAAAGCAAGCUAAAGAAGCCUAGGGCAAGCUUUUGACCUGUAGGUGAAGCCCACACGGGGUGGCGUGCAUGGUGGAGUUGAGCUGCAUAUGACAAACUGAGAUUCCGUGAGGCAAGAUCGAGAACAACGAGAACUGUUGUCUUGGUUUCUUGACUUUAGUAUAUGCAGAUCAUGGACUCAUUUAAACCACUAGUAGAGAGAGAGAUAGAUGGAGAUGGGAGUGCAACUUGGGGAGAAAAUUUUACACCAACUUGGCCUCUCGUUUCCUAUAAAUAGAUACGUUUGGAACAUCAGUAGCUGCAAGCGGUAAGCUUAAACAGCCUCUGAAUUAACCAAGCCAUGGCCUUGAAAACCCUGAUGUAUGUUUGCCUCUUGGUCGCUGCAAUGGCAUUGGCAGCCCCAAUGGCCGAAGCCCAGCUAGGUGGGCUUAUCAGCGGCCUCCUUGGCUUGAUUCGAAUCCAAGAUACUGUAUUUUGCACUAUGGAUGGCAACAUGGGCGUGAAUGGCACUGCAACCCCAGUUUUCCCUAAUGCCCUGGUGCAGCUGCAGUGUGGAGCUGGGAACGUGGUUUCCAGUGCAACAACCAAUGGAUCCGGCGUAUUCUCAAUCCUGUUGGACCCGCUGCAAUUUCUUCUCCCUUCACUGCUGAACAACUGCAACCUAGCAGUCAAAACCCCUCUCUCCAAUUGCAACGCCGCGCUGCCAUCCGUCGGGGGAUUGAUUUCGUCCUUACAGUCUCUAGGAAGCACCCUCGUCGGGCUCCUCAACAUCAUCAACAUUGUCCCUGCAGGAUUUCGGCUCUUACCAUCAACUUAACCAUCUGGAUAUCCAUUUAAACAUAAACAUUUCACCGAAUAUAUCCAUAAAUAAGGUUGGCCAUUUCUAAUGUUAAUGACCACCACAAUUUGAUAUUUCUUUCUCUUAAGAUUUAAACAAAAAUUGUGUGCUUUAUGAAAGUAUUGUAACCCCUACUAGCUUUCCCAUGGAAUAAAGUUGAUAUUUAGU